CUGAAACACAUCUUUUAAAAUGCUACUGUAAAGGGGGAGAAAAAAAAGAACUGAAACAGAAACUAAACUGGAUCCUCGUACAAAAAGAAGAAAAAAAUGAAAGAAAAGUAGGAGGGGAUCAGGUCAGGUCCAUCCAGGACAUAACAGCCACAGAAGUGCGCGGGGUACGACGAGCCCAUUUUCACGUAGUGUACACGACAGAGCUGACAGCGCGAGACAGAGUAGCCUAUCUUGACUUAACUGCAUGUGGGAAUGAAUUAUUAGCCGGCAAUGUAACCGCGCUCAAUAUAAACAAACAGCGUGCCUUACGACCUUACGACGUAGAGCGCAGACCCUCUUGUUGUUUCCGGGUUACAGAAUGUGCCUUUAAAAUAACUUGGCGUCGCGCUUUUGCUCUUCAAUGUGACAGCGAUGGAGUGGAAGUUACCUGUGGCUGCGCUGGUUUGUUUCAUUUCACUCAUGGGCUUCGGAUGUUGUGACGGAAAAGGAAUAGUGCCAAAACUCACACAGAAAGAAGACAAGUGUGUCUCCAAAGGGGCUUCGGUGACUUUCCUGUGUGCCAUUGGUAACUCAGACGGUAACUCAGAUUGGGGUUUCCUGUGGUACAAAAUCGUCCCUGUCAGAGAUGGCUUGCCAGCUGUCAUCCACCAGUCUGGCAAAUCUACGUACUCCCUUGAGCCCCUACCAGACAACAACAGUGGAGCUGGAGGCUCCUACACUCUCAACUCGACAGACACCGAGCAUAUAGGAGUUUAUGUAUGUCGAGCCAUGAAGGGAGACCCGGUCUCUUACACAGAGUAUAGUAACUAUAUGUUUCUUUGGGUCAGUGAUCUCGAUUCUUCCGGCCUCCUGAGCAACACUCCCAACCGGACAAACUACAUCGAGUUUGAGUCUGUGUCCUUCACCUGUGGGGGAAAUGGGACUGGCUGGACCCUCAAGAGAACCACCAAUUACUUGGACAUGUCCCAGUGUCCUUUCAGGACAGGACAGUCAUCAUGGGUCAAUGGUACAUGCCACAUCAAAGCCAUUUCCCAUUAUGACAGCGGCGUGUACUGGUGCCAGUCAGAGACUGGAGAAGUCAGUCGCGUUUUAUACAUGGAGGUUCAUGGCCAUGGCAUACAACCCAGACUCACUCAUGAUGCAGAAAACCAGUGUCCAUCCAUAGGGUCCCCAGUGACACUUAAGUGUUCCAUCGACAACAGCUUCACCAAUUGGACGUUUCAGUGGUACAGAGUCGUUCCUCUCAGAGAUGACUUGCCUGCUGACACACACUGGUCUGAUAGGUCCAAGUACUCUCUGGAGCUCCUACCAGACGGCAGCAGUAUAGGACCUGUCGGGACUUACACCAUCAAUUCAACAGGCCUAGAGAACAUGGCACUCUAUGUGUGCAGAGCAAAGAAGGAGGAGCCAGUCCUUUAUACAGACUACAGUAAACCUUACUUUCUCAGGGUAAGAGAUCCUGGUUCCCCUAGUCGCCUGAGCAUUAUUCCCGACAAGACAAACUAUGUUGAGUUUGAGCCUGUGUCUCUUACCUGUGGGGGAAAUGGGACUGGCUGGACCCUCAAGAGAAUCACCAAUUACUUGGACAUGUCCCACUGCCCUUUCGAAACAGGACAGUCAUCAUGGGACAAUGGAACAUGCCACAUCAAAGCCAUUUCCCGUUACGACAGCGGUGUGUACUGGUGCCAGUCAGAGUCUGGGGAAUCCAGUGAUAGCGUCACUAUACACGUUCAUGAUGCAACGAGUGUCAUAAGACAUGAAUCAGGUACCUGGGUGAGUUAUGGACAACAGUUUGAACAGGGACAUCCGAUUAGGAUGCGCUGUGUGGUUGGAAGUUCUUCCGAGGAAGAGUGGAGCUUCCGCUGGUACAGGGUUGUUUCGUACAGAGAUGGCCUUCUGGAUGCUCCUCGCUGGUCGCAAACGGACACUCGAUAUUCCUUGGAGCCUCUCUCAGAUAGUAGCAGCAGAAAAAGUGACGGCUUCUACACUCUCAACUCUGCUGCUCCUGCACACUCGGGCCUCUAUGUGUGCCGCGCUGAGAAAGAAGAGCCUGUCCUCCAUGUAUACAGCACACCCACAUUCGUCUGGGUAAAAGAUCCUUUACCUCCUGGUCUCCUACACAUCAGUCCAGACACGAAGAGAUUCUUUGAAAACGAAACUGUGUCAUUCCAGUGUGACGUACCAGAGAAUGGAGAAUGGAUUUUGAGACUGUACAAAUAUCACAAUACGAUAUCCGACAUACCUUUGAAGAGGGAAACUGUGGAAAAAGCUACAUUUAAGUUAGAGUCCCUGAAGAAAUCUGACAGUGGAGUUUACUGGUGCCAGUCAGAAUCAGGACAACUGAGUAAUAUUGUGAACAUAGAGUUAUUCUAUGACUCAAAGCCAAAAUCGCAGAUGGUCCCAAACACCCACCUGGCCCUGGGAGAUCCAGUCUCAUUGCACUGUAGUAUAGUGGACCAGUCUCUCUCACUGGAUCCCGGACACUGGCGAUUUCUCUGGUACAAGAUUGUUCCUUUCGGGGAAGACUUGCCCGCGUUUACAGCCAAGCAGAGCAGCUCUAAGUAUUCCCUAGAGCUUGUGUGGGAAGGCAGCAGCAAUAGCAGCGGAGCUGUGGGCACUUACACGGUUGAAGCAGUUACAGCACAGCACUCUGGCGUCUACGUGUGCAGAGGACAGAGAGCAGAGACCGGUUCUUACACGCCUUACAGUGAUCCGAAUCUUCUUUGGGUUACAGAUGCUGUCCCUGAGGCUAAUCUGAUAGACAGUUCCAACCGCACCCAGUAUUUUGAGUCUGAGUCCUUGUCACUCACCUGCAUGGUACAGGGCGACACAAGUCAGUGGAGUCUGAGGCGAAUCACACAUCCUUGGUAUCGACCUACCGUCUCCGACUGCCCUUUCAGCGGAACGGCAACUUGGGAUCAGACCACGUGCAACAUCAGCUCAUUAGCCGAUUCAGAUAAAGGCAUGUACUGGUGUCAGUCGAAAUCUGGACAGCUGAGCAAUUUGAUCCAGAUAUCAGUUGUCCCUGGUCCUCGUCCACAUUUCCAGAUCUCUCCAUCCCCCUGGCCAGCUAUAGGAGACACGGUGACCCUGCAGUGUGAGGUGUCUGGUUCCGAAACUGGCUGGCAGUUUCUCUUUUACAGACUCACUUUUCCAAGUUAUACAUUAUUCUCAAAACUGUACUUGGAGAUACCAGAAAACAUCACAGAGCUCCUCCCAGGCACGGGUGGAGAGGCCCACACCCUGACUGUUGGUCCCGAACACUCUGGGUACUACACGUGUCGAGCACAAAAACUGAAUACAAGCUAUCAGACCCCCUUUGGAUAUCCGAGGGGUCUGUGGAUAAGAGAUCCUUCUCCUCCAGCUGUCUUGGUCAUCCAUCCAAACAGGUCCGAAUACUUUAAAUCUGAGUCUGUUUUCCUAACCUGCGAUGUUAAGGGCAACUCCAGUGGUUGGACAGUGAGAAGGGUAACACAGUACAAUAAACCUCAUACCUCACACUGUGCUUUCAAGGCUGGAACAGUUACGUGGGAUGAAAUGCCAUGUAGUCUUAAAUCUUUACACUACGAAGACAGUGGACAGUAUUGGUGCCAGUCUGAGUCUGGAGAAUACAGCAAUGCUGUCAAUAUAACAGUGCAUGGUACACGUAAACCAUCAUCUUUUUUGAAAUCCCAACCAAACCGCUGGCUGACCGAAGGUGCCUCAGUGAAAUUGACUUGUGGAUUUCGCUUUUCAUUGUCAUCGUCAUCAUCAGACUGGGAGUUCCUCUUCUACAGAGUCGUUCCCACUGGAGAGGGAAAGCUUAUUAAAUUGCAACAUGGCCAGACUGAGUUAUCUGUGCAGCCCCUAUCAGAUAGCAGUGGCAGUAGAACACAUACAGACGGCCUGUACAAUCUCAGCUCAGUGUCCUUACAGGACUCUGGAGUAUUUGUGUGCCGAGCCAGAAGACAAAAUUCUAAUUUUCACUCCGAGUACAGCGAGGCUGUGCCGGUAUGGGUUACAACUCCCAAACCCACCACUUGGCUUAGCCUCAGCCCCAACAAGUCUAUGCACCUCCAGUCCAAGUCUCUGACGCUCACAUGCUCAGGACCAGGCCAUGUCACAGAGUGGGCGGUGAGGCGCUACACGUCCACUAACAGGCUGUCGGACUGCCCUUUCGACACCAAAUCGGGGUCUUGGGCUGGAUCCACAUGCAACAUCGGCUCACUCUCCGCGCAUGAUAGCGGUGUGUACUGGUGCCAGUCCAAGGAGGGAGUGCGCAGCAACCCUGUGAACAUAUCAGUGCUGGCUCAACGAACGUUUCACUCGUAUUGUCAGGAUGACCAUAUCAUGGCAAGUAACUGGGUGACAGAAGGCUCUGCCGUGACCUUGAUCUGUUUCGCUCAGCUUGGGUACCUGUCACCUUCGAGCCACGAGUCUCACUGGUUCAAAGCGCUUCCCGUCACAGAGGGCUUGCCGUCUUUUAGCCACCAGCCAGAACACCUGAUGUUUAGCGAGGUCAGGUACAGCCAGACCGCGGGUGACUACGGUGAGACCAAAUAUUCAGUGGAGCGUCUCUCGGACAGCACUAGAGGAGCUGAAGGCUCCUACACCAUCAGCUCCACGACGCCCAAGCACUCGGGACUGUACGUGUGCAGAGAAGAGCUGCGGGACCUCGGCGUGUACGCAGAGUACAGCAGGCCCAAGCUCCUCCUCGUGAUGGGUCGCUCUCCAUCUGCCUGGCUUUAUGUCACACCAAGCAGGUCCCAGCACUUCCUGUCAGACCCUCUCACGUUGAGCUGCAAAGCAAAGGGCUCAGUAACAGCGGUGGCUUGGACAGUGAGACGCUUCACGAAUUGGGGUGAACUAUCGGACUGCCCGUUCAGUGACAAAUCAAAGCUUUUGAACGCAUCUAUGUGCAACAUCAGCUCUUUGACGUCAGCAGACACUGGCGUGUACUGGUGCCAGUCAGACUCCGGGGAGCGCAGCAAUGCCAUCAACAUAACCGUACACAAUGGCAACGUGAUACUGGAAAGCCCUGUGCAUCCAUUGAGAGUGGGAGAGCGAGCCACACUCCGCUGUGUAAUUCGAAAAAGUUCCACAUCAAACAUUAGUGCUCGAUUUGACAAGCAUGGAAAACACCUGGACAAUCAAACCCCCACCACAAUGACCAUACGGAAAACAUCUAAGAGCGAUGAGGGUUGGUAUAGCUGUGUGGACGAAGAGAAGAGAAGGUCUCCUAUAAGCUGGAUCUCAGUAAGAGACGCACUGGAAGACAGAAGAGGACUUCGUAAAAGAAUCUUCAAAGGAAGGAACCAACGAGAUCGAGAGAUACUAUAGUGUACUGACGCUGGGAUUUCAGCGUCAUGGUUAUUAUUUUCAGACAGAUAUCAGGGAAAAUCUUUUUUUUAAGACGAGUGGUGUGGUACUGGUCAGUGUAACUAGUAACAUUUUAUUAUAGGGUUGCUUUUUUAAGUGAUACUGUCCCAUUUUUGGAAAUAAGCUCAUAUUACACCUCCCCUUGAGUUGAAUAAUUGAGUUUUACCUUUCUCUUCCAAUCGUUUUCGGAGUAUGGCAGUGCAAUUUUUUGCUCCAUGCUAGCAGUUAACAUUGAGUCCUAUGAGACCAGCUGGCAGCUAACUGAUCUCAUAGGCGUCACAUGAGCCUAUAUAUCGGGGCAUUAUUGUAACAUGCGUUUGAUCUCAAAACAUUUGUACAUUAUCAUGUCAAUGGAGGGCAUUCUUUGUCCAGAAUGAUCCCACGCCUAUGACAACGAUUCUGUCCCCACCCUCAGCAAUCCAAAUCAACCGACAUUAAGCCAGAUUAAUAUAAUUUCAAGUUUUUGUCUGUUUUGCCAGGCUAUAUAUAUAUUUUUUUGUAAUUCAAAUUUUUAUUGAAACACACUCAGUAUAGUAUACAUUUGCAGUGGUACGUCAUAUGGAAAAGAAAAAUAGGAAGGCCAGCAUUUCAAGGACACAUUUUCAAAAGUCUCAGGUAGUCCCAGUUAAACCACAUAAAAUAAAAACCUCUCACUCUCUCUCUCUCUCUCUAUAUAUAUAUAUAUAUAAACAUUUAAAAAAAAAAAAUAACAAUAAAAUAAAAUAAAAAGGAAUAUCAAAAACACUGCACAAGGUCCAAUAAUACAGUAAAGUAAAAUAAUAUUUCUUAAGGCAAGCUUCACAGUCUUGGCACUAGUUAGAAGUAAGAUGUGCCAUGAAAAAAUCCCAAAGCCCCAGUUCCACAGGACCUUUACUCCUUAUCCUUGCCAACAUGACCUCAUAAGAGGUGGCCUCAGUCAUUAAGAUUUUCCACUCUUGGAGUGAAGGACAUGUGGUUGAUUUCCAAUAUCUCAAUAUAAUUCUUAGACACGUGGUUAUUCCCACCAUCAAAAUGGAAUAUGCCUUUCUGUUUAAUGUUGGGGUUUCUGUUUUAUCUCCCAAAAGACAUAAGUGUGGAGAUACUGGCAACGUCACUCCUGCCCAUGCCUCCAAAUAUUUUAGCACACUGUGCCAUAAUGGCUUAACCAUGGGGUUGCCAGGCUAUAUUUAUACUGUAUAUAAGUAAUCAAGUACAUACUGUGCUACAUGUUGUUACAUACUUUUGAACUGUGCCUAAUGAAUGUAACAGGGACAAGAAAAAGCUUUGUUCGUUACUGUACAAGGAAAUACUGUUCACAAUGGGCUGUCUAGCUUUUUUCAAUCAAGACAAUUACAUAGUGUAGCGCCGAGCCCCCUUGAGUGGACUGUGUGUGUUUGUUUCCCCAUAGGAUUCCCUCUCUGUCUAUCUGUAUGUGUGAAUGGUGAAUGUGGGUGAAUGUGUGUGUAUCUGUGUGCGUGAAUGUUGUUCCCCACUCCCUUGUGUGUCUUCUAGAAUUGUAUGUGUGCCAAUCAGUUUUGGGGUGGGUUUUGAUUGGGGGGAUGUGUACGGGCGGGAAUAGUUAAAGGAUUAGAUAGGACCGAUAUUGAUAAGGGGCGGGGUUAUUGAUAAGGGAUUGAUAACGUUCGUAACUGUUAAUCAGAGCUGAGGGAAACUAAUUUGAGUGUAGACGUGUGCGAGUGUGGGUACGAGUGUUUUUAGAUUAGUGAAGACUGAGUAGUGUUUAUUAUUUUCUGUGGGACACCUUCUUUUGCCCUUGUUAGGCUGUAAAAGGGCAGGAAAUAAAAAGAAGACAAAGUAUCUGCUGCCUCCCGUCAUCCUUUUCAAGUGGCUACCGCUCGGCGCUACAGUAUCUUUAAUAGUUUUACUGUGGAUGAUUUUAUUCAGAGACCUGAUAGCUAUAUAAAUUCACUGAGGCAUUCUGGAGUGUAUUUUAUUUAGUCUUAGGCCAUUUACACACUAGGUUGGUAAAGCGUCGCGUGACGGAAGUGUUUUUUACCCGCGACGGUGAAAAUACAUGGAAACAUGCUCCGCGCCGCAUUUGGAAAAUAGAACUCAAGCGUGUUUUUCAC